UAACUCAAGAGGAAGCAAAUCUAUUUUACAACAACCCCGGGGUUGAGUAAGCUCUUCUGUCUCCAUGUGGAUUACUGCCAGAGAGAGGGAGACAAGCAGUCAAUGAGAACUCCUGCAGUUGUUUAGUUGAAACUUUAGCUCCACAUCAGGCGUUUACUAAUAGCUCGUGUGAAUGACAGCGAGCCGAGCGGAAUCGGUUCCACUUUGCUACUAACGCUCAUGUAUAUCACGUUUUUCUUUUUAGUAAUAGAGCCUACAUGUCGAAGUUUCUUUUCAGUGAGUGAUUCAAGUGAUUGCAAAUGAGCGCAAGUCGCAGCUUGUGUUAGGUUCAUCAUAAGCAGCAGCGGCACAGGAAGAAGAGGGAAACCUUAUAAGGAGCAGAAUCAGACAGAGCUGGCUUAUUGUCUCAAUCCAGUCUGUUAAGUUGUAUUUUUGCCAGCAGAAGUGAUGACUUCGGUGUGGAAAAGACUGCAGCGAGUUGGUAAAAAGGCUUCAAAGUUUCAGUUUGUUGCCUCUUAUCAGGAGCUUGUUUUGGAGUGUACCAAGAAAUGGCAACCAGACAAGUUAAGGGUGGUGUGGACCAGGAGGAACAGGCGCAUGUGUUCCAAGCUCCACAGCUGGCAGCCUGGGAUCAAAAACCCUUACAGAGGCAUGGUGGUGUGGCCAGUCCCAGAAAACAUAGACAUCUCUGUUACUCUCUUCAAGGAGCCAAAUGCUGAUGAGUUUGAGGACAAAGAAUGGACAUUUGUUAUUGAAGGUGAGAACAAGGGUCACCGUAAGGUGCUGGCAUCUGCUGACAUCAACCUGAAGCGCUUUGCCAGCCCCACGCUGACCCAGACUGACCUGACACUGAAUCUGAAGCCGCUGUCGGUGAAAGUGGUGGAAGCCACGCUCAAGCUGUCGCUGUCUUGUGUCUUUGUCCGAGAGGGAAAAGCUACUGAUGAAGACAUGCAGAGCCUUGCCAGCUUAAUGAGCUACAAGCCGACAGAUAUCGGCAACCUGGAUGACUUCAACGAAAGUGAUGAAGAGGAGGAAAAGAAGUCUAUGAGUGCCACAGUUACACACACUCUAACUCGUCCAAACCGCCCUGCUCCUCCUCCGCCUGACAAGCAAAACUCCACCGGAGCCACUCUUCCAGCUUCAGCCAGUGUUUCAUACCAGCGGCACCCCCGAGAGGUUCAGACUGCAGAUGAUUCUGCUUCAGUCUCUGGUUCUCUGGGAGCGUGGCUUAAAUCUAACCCUACUUCAUCUGGUGGGGGCAUUGAGCCAGUCCCUCUGUUGACUAGUCCAGAUCUUGAUGCUCUCUGUGACCCAGAGACUCCCACCUGCUCUGCUGCUCUCCUUUACCCUGCACCCUCUCAGUCCUCCUCUCUCUCCACCCCUACUUUUUCCUCUCCCUCUCUUACUGUCUCGCAUACUUGUGCUCUUCCUGCUCAGAUCAGCUCCUCUCAGUCAGGCCCAGUAUUUCCCCUUACUCAAGUGGAUAAAGAAACAGCUUCAAGCCCUGUGAGCACAGGCAAGGAUUCUCCCCACAAUGGCCAAACAUCCGGCCAGCCAGUCAGACCAGCUCUGGAUUCAAAAGUGACCGUUGCAGAAAAGAAAGCUGGAUCAAGAAAUAUCAGCUCACCCAGAGAAGAUGCCACUGAGGUGGACACCACUGUGAGGCAGCAACACCAACCAACAACAGCAAAAAGUUCAGAAACGCAACACACAGUCCAGUCCACUACCCAGCCUGGCCCACCACUGGUUCAAGAGGAGCCCAAAGCCCCAGAGAAACCCACUGUGCAACCAAGGUCCUCUCUCAAACCAUCCACUAAACCACCUGGGGAACGGACAGCUCUCAUACUGGAGCCAUUGCUCCCCACAAAACCAGAACUAGGACUGCGGCAGGAACAACAUUUCCAGCCACCAGACAAACCACAACCAGAGGGAGUGAAGAAGGAGAAACCAGCUGAUGUUGUGGUUGGCAGUCAGGAGAUUUUGAUCAACAAUGAAAAGCUGGUGUGCACGGCAGAGAAACAGCUAUGGGCAACUGUGGAGGAGACCACAGCUGAGACGGGAACGGAACAAGGAAUGGAAAGUAGUAAAACCACUGAAGAGAAGGUGGAGAAGCAGAAAGAGGAGGAGAGUGUUAUAGGGGGAGUAAAACACCAGCCUACUGACCUCCUUGAUGGUGUAAAGAAGAAACAAUUAUCUCAGGCAAAAGACACCACCAGCACAGACAGUAUUGAUUCUGCCCAUCACUGUGAGAUUAAAACUUCUCGGCUCCCUACGUUACCGGAGGAAGAAAUUCCUGACUCUAAGACCCCUGAUCCUGUGCCAGUGGUCAGAGAGGAGGCUGAUGGGAAGGAUGACUCAGCUGAGGACCUGGUGAACUCCAGUCAGUCUCUGCUCCAGUGGUGUCAAAGCAUCACUAAUGGGUACCAGGGGGUGAAGGUCACAAACUUCAGCACGUCCUGGAGAAACGGCCUAGCUUUCUGUGCCAUCCUGCAUCAUUUCCAUCCUGAAAAGAUAGAUUUUGACCAGUUGUACCCUCAUGACAUCAAACUCAACAACAAGAAGGCAUUUGAUGGCUUUGAGGCGCUGGGGAUCUCUCGUCUGUUGGAGCCAUCCGACAUGGUUCUGCUGUCCGUCCCUGAUAGGCUCAUAGUCAUGACUUACCUCAGCCAGAUCCGCUCACACUUCACCAACCAGGAGCUGAGCGUGCUGCAGAUAGAGCACAACAGCAGUCAGUCCAGUUAUGGCCUCGCUCUCUCCAGUCCCCCUCCCACCGACGUUGAUGCUGCUGCUUUCUGCAUGGCAAGACUGAACGAAGGUGUGAGUCUGGAGGAAGGAGGCAGCAGCACGCUGGUUGUCCCACCACCGAGAAGUAAACGGGUGGUUAAAGCUGAUGAGCCAAUAACCCCGGUGCCACCCCCGAGGUCGAUUGCUAAAGCAGCUAAAUCUGGUCCACCUCAGGAUGGAGAUAAAAAGACAAACCCUACAACAGAAAACACAAAUAAUACUGAGUUGCAAAGUGCAGCUGAGAACCAGCCUCCCAAAAGAGAGGAGGAAACGAUGUGUUUGCAGGACACCAGCCAGUAUGUGUUAAGUGAGCUGGCAGCACUGGAGACGGAGCAGAAGCACAUCGACAGCAGAGCCGCUGUGGUGGAGAGACGACUGCGAAGCCUCAUGGAAACCGGAAGUGACCGUGAUGAAGAGGAAAGGCUGAUACAGGAGUGGUUCACUUUGGUGAACAAGAAAAAUGCUUUGAUACGCAGACAGGACCACCUGGAACUACUACAGGAGGAGCAGGAUCUGGAGAGGAGAUUUGAGCUUCUGACCAGAGAACUACGAGUCAUGAUGGCCAUAGAAGACUGGCAGAAAUCGUCCACUCAGCAGAAGAGGGAGCAGCUGCUUCUCCAAGAAUUGGUGUCAUUAGUCAACCAACGGGACGAGAUCAUCAGAGACAUUGAUGCCAAAGAGAGGAGUGCAAUGGAGGAGGAUGAGCGCCUGGAGCGAGGUCUGGAAAUGAGAAGAAGAAAACACAGCAACAAAGACAAAUGUGUGUUACAGUGAGAUGGACGAGCACAAACAGCAUUUGUUAAGGCGUCCUCAAGGUCACAAAAUAGUGGUUUCUGUAAGCGAAAAGAAAAAGAAAAAAGGGUAUCUCAGGAUUAUGGGCCUUGACAUUUUCUGUUGUUUAAAAGUGCCUUGAUUUUUCCCAGGUCUCUAAAAAUGCAAAGUGUAUUCUUUCACAGUAGCACAUCUAAGUUUCUUUUUCUGUGUGCCUUAAUAUUUCAUCUAUUUUUAUUUAUUUAAAUGAUGUGUUAUAAUGUUAUACAUGUUUUGCACAUGUUGUUUUGCGUGGGUUUUUGUGUGUUUACUUCAAUUCAAUGUUUAAGCACUGGCCAGUCCUCUUUAUUCAGGGGGAUACUGAGGAUGGGUCUUCCUCAUCAUGACAAGAGAUUUUUAGAACUGAGGCCAAAUGCUUGCCUUGCUUUAAUGAGGAAUAGCUUACGGUUGCUAGUGCACAUAAAGAAACUUGUUCUGUGCGAGUGAUGUUGAUUUUGCAUGUCAGUUUCCCUCCUGAAAAGGAUUCUUUUAACAUGUCGAGACAUUUCAAAAAUUCGCAUAGUAUGUGAUAAACUGAGCUGGACUCAAACCUUAAAACAAUGUUAGAGUGGGAUACAUGGUUUCAAAUUCAAGAUUCAAAUUCUUACUCAGUAAUAUCCAAGGUGAAUUUCAGCCUAAGUAAUUUGAACAGGGUAACUUAUAUCAAUUACAGUCUGUGUGGACCGGAUAUACACCUGAAGUAAUUUUUUUCCUUCCUAUCCGAAUAUUUGACUAUGUGCAUGCUUUUCGAGGUGUGCUGAUAAAGUGGUACCCAUCUAAAACUCUGUAGGCUUCCAAACGUGGGUGUCUGUAUUUAUGAGACGAUGUUGGUGAACAGUGUUGAUGAUUUAUUAUUAAAAAAUAGGCUCCUUUUAUUUAUCAAAUGUGAGUGAGUUAUGUGAGUUAUGUUUGUGCUAGUAAGGUGCACUAUGCACUUUGAAUCAAAUGUUAUGCAAACCGAUAGAAUGUCCCUUCACUGGUUUAUAUAUACAGUACCAGUCAAAGGUUUGGACACACUUUUCCAUUAAAUCAAAUGGGUAAGUGUGUCCAGACUUUUGACUAGUAAUGUCAAUGUGUCAAAUAUGUCACACAAUGAGGGUGCCAUUUGUGUGUUUGAGCCUACUGAUAAAUUUCAAUUAAAAGUUUAGAUAUUUUUCACUUAAUGUUAAUCCAUAUAAUUCACAUUGCUUAUAUUGUAAAUCAGAGUGCCGCUUACCCAGAUUAAAACAACAGAACAGUUCAGAUAAAUCACAUAAUAGGUCACAUAAAAUAUGUGGCAUAUUUUUCAGAAGUGGAUUUAACCAUAGUGAAACCAACUUUUUUUUUUUUUUUUUUUUUUUUUGAGGUCACAUUUUUUUGGUCAUUUGGUCAUUUUGGAUAGAACUGACCACAUACUGUAUGAAUAAUACAGGGAAGACUAAUAAUUGAAACCUGGCAUGACAAAAAUACAAAAUAUCUGUUAAUAAAUAAUAAUUUUAAAACUUAACUCCACCACUCUGACCAGAAGGAGUAAAUCUAGUCUACCUGAUAACUGUAAAUAUUAUAGUUUAAGAGAAAAAAAUGAUGUGCUGCAAGAAAGUUAAAGGUACAGUGUGUAAGAAUUAUUGAAAUCUAGUGUUAAAAGACAGGUAUAGAAAUUACUUUAAAUGCCAAGCACAGUUGUUAAUGGACGGUUAUUGUCAGUGGCCAAAAUUCUUCCUGUGAGUGUAUCCAGCUGCCUCAGGUGCAGCUACGACUGCACUACAGGUAACUACUUCAAAUUUUUGUACAUGUAUGCUGUCUUCUUCUGUGUGCCUUUUAAGGUGUUACUUAUCUAAUGCUCCUCUAGCACAAUUUUAAAUGCUGCACCUUUAAACAUCACAUGAUAUUUUAACCUAGUCAACUGCUAAAUUAUUUAGCUUUAUUUCCUUUGAUCCUACAAAAAGUUCAAUAAGCCAAAAUUUUAGUUUGUUUGCUGCCAUGCUGACUUUUUAAAAAUAAUCUUACUUGACACUAAUAUGCUACUCAUGGCAAAAUAGUGAAAUUAAGCAAGCAUGAAUAAAAUAUGAUGUCUAAACAAACUGAGCAAUAAGCAAAGGUUCUUUUAAAGAGGAUUAAACAUUUAAAUUCAUUUAGAGUAAAACUGAGAAAGGAUAUUGCAAUGCCGGUGUUGUAUCCAAGCCAAGCCAGCAAAGAAAACCUUUAUAAUGGUUUAAGAGUUUUAAAUUUAAAUGCAGAUUUUAGGCUUUGUGAAGAUGAUUGCUCGAUAAAUCACGGCCUAGAUUCAAUUCCCUGUCAGGGAACUUGUACCUUUUACAUGUUGAUAGUCUCUCACUGUGAGAAGGUAUUUCUACACAGAAAAAUAUAUAAAUUUUUAUUUAUCAUAUUCUGUAAUAAACUAAUAUCUAUUCAUCCA